UUUACAUAAUAUCCGUGCCAUUUAUCAUGUAGAUCUAAGUAUUCAGCGAAAAAUUGCAAAACUAUGGGUCUUUUGCAGCUUUGAGGUGCUAAGACACCAUCUUUAUUAUCGAUGGCAACGUGUAUCGAGCAGAAAUCUCGCUUGUGAAUCGGCUAAAAGGAAACUAAGUAAGCAUAGGAUCUAACAAAAAAUAUGGCGUGGUCUAAUUACCAGCUUCUUAUUGCUCUUGUAAUGGUAAUUACGGGUAGUAUAAAUACCAUCAGUACAAAAUGGGCAGAUAGGAUACAAUCUGUUGGUAAAGAUGGUCUCAAAAAGGACUUUGAUCACCCCUUCUUCCAAGCAAGUUGUAUGUUUCUAGGGGAAAUGUCUUGCCUCCUGGCAUUCAAGAUUCUUUAUAAAAUAUACAGCAUGAGAUCUGAUGGUACAGAAGACGUCCAUGAGCUGACAAAAGGCAACAGAAAUUUUAAUCCGUUCAUUUUGUUCAUACCAGCAAUGUGUGACAUGACUGCUACCUCUAUAAUGUACAUAGGACUAAAUUUAACAAAUGCAUCUAGUUUCCAAAUGUUUAGAGGUUCUGUUAUAGUGUUUGUUGGUAUCCUUAGUGUAGCAUUUUUGGGCCGAGUUAUGGUCAAGAAACAAUGGACAGGUAUUUUCUUCAUCAUAUCGGGCUUAGCCCUAGUAGGAGUAGCAGAUUUCUUUUCCAAAGACUCGUCAGAUGACAGUCAUGGCAGAAAUGAUGUAAUAACAGGUGAUUUGUUGAUAAUAAUCGCCCAGAUAAUCCAAGCAAUACAAAUGGUAGUUGAAGAGAAAUUUGUUGCUGGCCAGAACAUUCCAUCAUUGCAAGCUGUAGGAUGGGAAGGAACGUUUGGAUUUUUGGUGCUAGGAUUUUUACAAAUUCCAUUCUACUACAUAAAAGCCGGACCCCCAGUUACCAGAAACUAUGGAGAUAGAUUAGAAGACGCCAUUGAUGCUUUUGUACAAAUUGGCCACAGCUGGCAGUUGAUGAUGGCGAUAUUAGGUACAAUAAUUUCCAUAGCAUUUUUCAAUUUUGCUGGAAUUACUGUCACAAAGGAAAUAUCUGCUACUACAAGAAUGGUGCUUGACAGUGUCAGAACUAUCAUAAUUUGGAUCUUCAGCUUGGCGUUUUUGGGGCAGUCAUUUCAUUGGUUACAGCUGGUCGGUUUUGUGCUGCUCCUGAUAGGAAUGUGUACUUACAAUGGCUUAACAUGCAAGACUAUUUUUCUUAAGAUAAAAGCUUUGGUGAACCGAAGGUACAAUCAAAUGGAGGAUGACACAAUUGAGAACAGAAAUGCCGAAGAUACUCAGCCAUGAACACAUUUGUGACUGAACACGGAAAAUAAAUUUUAGUGUAAAUAAUUACCUUAUACUCCAAUGAGGGUGUAAACGAAAACGUAUAAGACUAAAAACAAGUGAAAAGACUAUUUUUAAGCGAAACUCUUAUCUAUUGAUGUGUUAUUGAGAUGAUUUUGUUUCGAAUAUAUGCCUAUAUUAUACACAAG